AUGGUUCAGAUUUGGUCAAAGUGUGUUGAUGAUGAAGCUGUAAACAUUGAAGUUGAGAACAUGGCUGAAGCUUUAGUAAUAGGAGGUUCUGCCAUCAUGAGAAAAAUGGAGACUGGUUUCUAUUACUCGCAUGUUAUACUCUACUCUGGUGAGCAUAUUGUCAUGAAACAGCCCCAUUUUUGCUGGGGGCUGAAAUUCAAAUGAAUACAUCUGCAUUCUGCAGUAGCUGAUGAAAGUCGGAAUGCUGAGGUGAGAUUUUAGCACUUGAUAUCACUAGAAUUGGAGGGAUAAUCACCAUGCACCAAAUCUAUGCACAGAAAAAAAUGACAAACAUGAUCCGUUUUACAAUCAACCGAUGGUUUCCAAACCCCGCAACACGUUCACUCCAAAUCUCCUGCAUAUAUGUUGCUGCUGCUAUUUCUGUAUGCAGCUUUCUAUGGUGUAGGUCGCUUUUUAUAGAUUAUCUUCAUUUUGUAUUGAUCAUUUCCAAAUUACAGCUGCUUAGAUAUGUUGUUGCUUCUGCUACUGUAUACAAAUGUUUAUUCGAUUAAUAGAUUCUUCUGUUUCCAGGGGCCUUAUCAUUUAUG